AACCCAGACGACACAGAGGAAAGGGGAGGAAGUCAGGAAACUGCUUGCCUCUGCUGUGACAGCCGUAUCAAAGAAAAGCACAGUUAAAUUAAAGGCCUUUUUCGUGGUAUAAUAAGAGCUCAAAACCGCCACCGACAUGUCGAAGAACACCGUGUCCGCCCGCUUCAGACGAGUGGACGUAGACGAGUACGACGAGAACAAAUUUGUGGACGAGGAGGACGGAGGAGAAAACCAGCUGGGUCCCGACGAGGCAGAGGUGGACUCCCUCAUCAGACAAGGAAAUCUUAUGGAGGCUUUACAUGCAGUUCUCAAGAACCCACCAAUCAACACAAAGAACCAGAAUGUCAAGGAUCGUGCUGAGGGUUUGGUGCUCAAGGUGCUCAGCGCCUUUAAGAGCAGUGACAUUGAGAAAGGGGUGCAGUCUCUUGAUAAGAACGGCGUGGACCUGCUGAUGAAAUACAUAUACAAAGGCUUCGAGAGGCCGUCAGAAAACAGCAGUGCGGUCCUACUGCAGUGGCAUGAAAAGGCUCUAGCAGCCGGAGGAGUGGGCAGCAUCGUCAGGGUACUAACAGCGAGGAAGACGGUCUAAAAGAGGAAUGGAGGACUAGUUCACUCACUGACAGAUACAGGGAGGAGCACUUUACUGUACUGUUCAUGUAAUAAAAAAACAGAUGGUAUAGGGGCUAAAGGAAAAACAUUUUUUAACCCAAUGUGACCCUGCUGUGUUCAAGGCUGUACUUAAAAAAAUAUAUAUCUGGGUCACAUUUAGUUAAAAAUAGGUUUUCUUGUUUCCUCCUACGCACAAUCACAGCCUACUAAAUCGUAUUCCUCACAGGGUGCUACAGAUAACUUCUCACCCCAUGUGUCUGUGCUGCUUCCCUGAUUUUUUUUUUUAUCCUCCCUCUCCAUGUCAUUCCUGUAUAAUAUGUGCUCAUUAUAUACACCAGUGGUUCCCAACCUAAGAGUUGCAGUAUAACUGAGGGUUACAAAAUCACUAACAAGUUAGAGAGACAAAAUACUACACAUAAUUGUUUAUUUUUUUAGAUUUUUCUCUAAUCUAUACUCUUUUGUGAAUCACUGGAUCAUUUUACCUCCAGGCCUUUUAAAAUAAUUCAGAUAAGACAAGGAAAAAAAUGUUUUUCAUUUGAACAGGUCAAAACCAGUUGACAAAUGCACAUGUAACAAGGAGUCACAAGUAGACCCCCUUUGUUCGAAGUGGUUACAAGCCAAAAAGGUUGAGAAACACUGCUUUACACUGUACCUACACACUCAUACACUCAUACGAACACUCGUAUGCUCAAACACAGGCAUGACUUCUAGUCAUCUAUUCUCCACUGACUUCCACACAAACACGCAGAAGUUUUCAGCUUUUCUUCACUCAGGAAACCUCUCUCUUCGUUUGUUUUCCACUAUUCUCUUGUGGUUUCUCUGCAGCAGAGACUUCCUGAUGGACUAAAAGCCAGAUUCUCUGUCUGUAAAUCCUCUCAUUGCCUCUCACUGUAACACUUUAGCAGUGGGAGUCUCCUGAAAAGCACAGUCACAGAUGGAGGGUGGUGGAUUUGCUCACAGGGGUCGUCAUUCCUCCCCCUGGGGAGGGGAGGAAGGGUAAGGGGGAGGGCUGGUGUCAUCCAUCUAUCUAUCCAGCCAUCUUUCUACACCGCCUGCUGCCCCAGUUAAGGAUUAUUACCCACGAUGCAUCUCCACCACCACUGUAAUUAAUCCUACUUUACUGCUCCUCACAUCCUGUUUAUGUCUGACUUUCUGAUGCACCCUCUGCUACUGUCCAGGGCAUCAUGUAGCUCUGCGGGUACUGUUCAUAUUUUCAGGAAAUGACAUCACCCUGAGAAUGCUUUCUAGGUUUUUUUUUUUUUACUUUGGUAUUCAACAGAAAAGAUAAUCUAGGAUUAUACAGUUUCCUUUUUGUUUCAUUAUUGUUUUAUAGUAAUGAUUUUUUUUUUUUUUUGCCUCAAGGCCAAACCCCUAAUCAAUCAAAAUGAAACACCAGAGAGAUAAUAUAAUAAAUAUUUUGGUCUCGUAAAAAAAUACAUAUAGAGUUUGCAUGAUCCCAUUUUUGAGAUUCAAGUGUUUUCUCAAGCAUUUCAUACCUGUCUUUUGUACAUGUUUUGUGUCACUUCUGGAAAAAUUGUGAUUUUUGUACUGAAUGUGUUAACAUUCAUGCUGUAGGAUUUUUAAAACAAAUCCUUCAUACACAGUAUUAUCUUGCAGUAGAAACUCAUACUGUUACGACCAGAUAUACUUUUAAUUCCCGUACAUUUUAUAUAAUGAAGAGGAAAACUGGAAAGUUUUAUCUGCCUUAUGAGGUGGAUUAUGUCUGUUGCCAAAUGAUUUAUUUUGCUUUCUUGGAAAUUAAUGGAUGAUUUAGUUGCCCUUCUAUAUUAGAGAACAAUUAAAAAAAACAAAGUUGUGGAGUUAUAACCAUGUACAUUACAUAUGAACACAAAAGCAAAGUGUGUUACAACUCAAAAAGUUGAUUUUUUUGAAAAUAAGCAACUUCAUUUAGACAGUGAUAGAGGAAUUCAACUCUAACAUACUGUUUUGUUUCUGCUCCAAUCAAACACUGAGUGAAGGUUACUCAUGGAUUUUGUCAAUGGAUGUUGUUUUUUACAAAACGCAAAAGCAUCGUCAGCAUUGUGUUUCACUCAUGAGUGUAUCACCAGUUGAUAUUCAGACAUGGGUUGUCAUGUUUGAAUACUGUCACCAGUGAUGAUACAUCCAGACAUUAGAUAUACCUUUUCUAAUGCAGUAACGGCUAGUUUUACAAAAGUAGAACUUCUUCUGCUUCAUGUUUUUCUAGUCAGAAAUGCUCCUCUAGCUGAGGGCGAGAAGACGAGGAAACAUACCAAACUGAUGUACAAACUGCCUUACUCGAAUAUUCCUUUUUUAUGUUUGUGCUUUUUUGACAAUAAAAAUAAAAAGGUAUGAAUGCUGA